CUGGAGCAGGGUAAAAGCCUUCCCGCAUCCUGGGCCAGUCUCACAGGCAGCCACGCUCCUGAGCAGUGCGUGGAAACUCAGCCAGCCAGCGCCUUCCAGCCCUGCCCCAGUCCGGCUUUGGCUCGCGGAGACCCCUUUUUAGUGUGAAGAAGGGGGCGGACACUUGAACUCGCAGGCAUCACCAUGGCAACCGAGGAGUCCAUCAUCCGCAUCCCCCCUUACCACUAUAUCCAUGUGCUGGACCAGAACAGCAACGUGUCCCGUGUGGAAGUGGGGCCCAAGACCUACAUCCGGCAGGACAAUGAAAGAGUCCUGUUUGCGCCCUUGCGGAUGGUCACUGUCCCCCCGCGCCACUACUGCAUGGUGGCCAACCCCGUGUACCGAGAUGCCCAGGGCGCUGUGCUGCUUGAUGUCAUGGGGCAGAUCCGGCUCCGUCAUGCAGACCUAGAGAUCCGUCUGGCCCAGGAGCCCUUUCCGCUGUACCCAGGGGAGGUGCUGGAGAAGGACAUCACCCCACUGCAGGUGGUCCUGCCCAACACAGCCCUUCACCUGAAGGCGCUGCUCGACUUCCAGGAUAAGGACGGGGACAAGGUGCUGGCUGGAGAUGAGUGGCUGUUUGAGGGACCCGGCACCUACAUCCCCCGGAAGGAGGUGGAGGUGGUGGAGAUCAUUCAGGCCACUGUUAUCCGGCAGAACCAGGCACUGCGGCUGCGGGCCCGAAAAGAGUGUCAGGACCGUGAGGGCAAGGAACGCGUGACAGGAGAGGAAUGGCUGGUCCGCACUGUGGGUGCCUAUCUCCCGUCAGUGUUUGAGGAGGUUCUGGACUUGGUGGAAGCCGUGAUCCUUACAGAAAAGACGGCGCUACACCUGCGGGCGCUGCAGAAUUUCCGAGACCUGCGGGGCGUGAGCCGGCGCACCGGGGAGGAGUGGCUGGUGACCGUGCAGGACACUGAAGCGCACGUGCCGGAUGUCCACGAGGAGGUGCUGGGGGUCGUGCCCAUCACCACCCUGGGGCCCCACAACUACUGUGUGAUCCUCGACCCUGUCGGCCGGGAUGGCAAGAACCAGCUGGGGCAGAAGCGGGUGGUCAAGGGCGAGAAGUCCUUCUUCCUGCAGCCGGGAGAGAGCCUGGAGCGCGGCAUCCAGGACGUGUACGUGCUGUCGGAGCAGCAGGGCCUUCUGCUUCGCGCCCUGCAGCCCCUGGACGAGGAUGAGGACGAGGAAAAGGUCUCGCGCCAGGCCGGGGACUGCUGGCUCAUCCGUGGGCCCCUGGAGUACGUGCCCUCUGCCAAAGUGGAGGUGGUGGAAGAGCGCCAGGCCAUCCCUCUGGACCAGAACGAGGGCAUCUAUGUGCAGGACGUCAAGACUGGGAAGGUGCGCGCUGUGAUCGGGAGCACCUACAUGCUGACGCAGGACGAGGUGCUGUGGGAGAAGGAGCUGCCCCCCGGGGUGGAGGAGCUGUUGUCCCAGGGCCAGGACCCCCUGGCGGACCGCGGGAAGAAUCUGGCCAGGACCGAGCUGCCCGCGACCCCGCGGAACAAGACCCGCGUGGUCAGCUACCGAGUCCCGCACAACGCAGCCGUGCAGGUGUACGACUACAGAGAGAAGCGUGCGCGUGUGGUCUUCGGGCCCGAGCUGGUGUCACUAGGCCCUGAGGAGCAGUUCACAGUGCUGUCCCUCUCUGCCGGGCGUCCCAAGCGUCCCCAUGCCCGCCGUGCGCUCUGCCUGCUGCUGGGGCCCGACUUCUUCACGGAUGUCAUCACCAUCGAAACAGCGGACCACGCCAGGCUACAGCUGCAACUCGCCUACAACUGGCAUUUCGAGCUGAGCGACCAGAAGGACCCGCAGGAGGCGGCCAGGCUCUUCUCAGUGCCCGACUUCGUGGGGGACGCCUGCAAGGCCAUCGCCUCCCGGGUGCGAGGGGCCGUGGCCUCGGUCACCUUCGACGACUUCCACAAGAACUCGGCCCGCAUCAUCCGCAUGGCCGUCUUCGGCUUCGAGGCCCCAGGAGCCGUGGGGGCUGGCAGCCUGCCCCAGCCCCGGGACCGGGCCGUGUUCCCACAGAACGGGCUGGUGGUCAGCAGCGUGGACGUGCAGUCGGUGGAGCCCGUGGACCAGAGGACCAGAGACGCCCUGCAGCGCAGCGUCCAGCUAGCCAUUGAGAUCACCACCAACUCCCAGGAAGCUGCUGCCAAGCAUGAGGCUCAGAGACUGGAGCAAGAAGCCCGUGGGCGGCUGGAGAGACAGAAGAUCCUGGAUCAGUCUGAAGCAGAGAAGGCUCGCAGGGAGCUCUUGGAACUGGAGGCCCUGAGCACAGCUGUGGAGAGCACUGGGACCGCCAAGGCCGAGGCUGAGUCCCGUGCAGAGGCAGCGCGCAUCGAGGGAGAAGGCUCAGUGCUGCAGGCCAAGCUGAAAGCAGAAGCUUUGGCCAUUGAGACGGAGGCUGAGCUCCAGCGGGUCCAGAAGGUUCGCGAUCUUGAACUGGCGUAUGCUCGGUCCCAGCUGGAGCUGGAGGUGAGCCGGGCCCAGCAGCUGGCUGAGGUGGAGGUGAAGAAAUUCAAGCAGAUGACGGAGGCCCUGGGCCCCGGCACCAUCAAGGACCUGGCUGUGGCUGGGCCAGAGAUUCAGAUGAAACUGCUCCAGAGCUUGGGCCUGAAGUCCACCCUCAUUACCGACGGCUCCACCCCCAUCAACCUCUUCAGCACGGCGUUCGGGCUGCUGGGGCUCGGGCAGGAGGGCCAGGCCCCUAGCAAGAAGGCCGCUGGGGUACCAGGCUCCCAGCAGGGCCUGCUUCUCCAUACCCCUUCUGCCUCUUUCGCUGCUGGCCACAAUCAAGUUGUGCCUUAGCUCUGUUCUGAACCGGUGAAUAAAACUGACACUCCUGGAGCCAGGCGGUGGCGCACCUGUUUAAGCACACACACUACAGUGCACAAGGACCCAGGUUCAAGCCCCUGGUCCCCACCUGCAGGGGGGAAGUUUCACAAGUGGUGAAGCAAGGUUGCAAGUGUCUCUCUGUCUCCUUCUCUCUCUGCCUCCCCCUCUCCUUUCAAGUUCUGUCUCUAUCCAAUAAUAAA